AGUGAACUCGCUCGAGCUGUACAAGUUGUUUUUUUUUAAUAACAUUAUCAUUUUUUUAUCUAUUGGCUUUGGGUUUUGGUUUGGUUGGGUCACUCAAGUCAGGUGUAAAAGGAGAAGAGAGAGUGUUGUAACAGCACCAAUCCCCCCCUUUGACCAUAGCUUCAGAUCUGAAAGUGUUUCUCUGUCUCUGUCGCGUAUUCUUUCUCCGGCGUCGUUUCAUGAUCUGACUUUGGUCUCUUCUUCUUCUUCUUCUCUUUUUUUUUUUCCUUCAUCACUGUUUCUCUCUCAACAUGCCACGCCCUUUCUUCCACAAGCUGAUUUUCUCAUCCACUAUCCAAGAAAAACGUCUGAGAGUUCCAGAUAAGUUUGUGAGUAAAUUCAAGGACGAGCUAUCGGUUGCAGUUGCACUCACAGUACCUGAUGGUCAUGUUUGGCGUGUAGGGCUAAGGAAAGCUGACAACAACAAAAUCUGGUUUCAAGAUGGUUGGCAAGAGUUUGUUGACCGUUACUCAAUCCGCAUUGGUUACCUUUUGAUAUUCAGAUACGAAGGCAACUCUGCCUUCAGCGUCUACAUUUACAACUUAUCACACUCCGAGAUCAACUACCAUUCCACCGGUCUCAUGGAUUCUGCACACAACCACUUCAAACGUGCACGCUUGUUUGAGGACCUUGAAGAUGAAGAUGUUGAGGUCGUUCAUCCUUCUUCUUUGUUGUACCCGUCACAGCAUCCUGAAACUACUGCGCACGCUAGUAAAGGGCAUACUAGUUCAGCUAUCCAGAGCUUCUUCGCUGGACCUGUUAAAGCUGAAGAGACAACACCAACCCCAAAAGUUCCAAAAAAGAGAGGGAGGAAGAAGAAGAACGCUGAUCCUGAGGAAAUAAACUCAUCUGCUCCAAGGGAUGAUGACCCAGAGAACCGUUCAAAGUUCUACGAGAGUGCUUCUGCGAGAAAGAGAACCGUGACUGCAGAGGAAAGAGAGAGGGCUAUUAAUGCAGCCAAAACGUUCGAGCCAACGAACCCUUUCUUCAGAGUUGUCCUACGACCAUCGUAUCUAUACAGAGGUUGCAUCAUGUAUCUGCCGUCUGGUUUUGCUGAGAAGUAUUUAAGCGGGAUCUCAGGAUUCAUCAAGGUCCAGCUCGGGGAGAAACAAUGGCCAGUGAGAUGCCUCUACAAAGCAGGGAGAGCCAAGUUCAGCCAAGGAUGGUACGAGUUCACUCUUGAGAACAACCUUGGAGAAGGUGAUGUCUGCGUGUUCGAGCUGCUCAGAACCAGAGACUUCGUUCUGAAAGUGACUGCCUUUCGAGUCAACGAGUACGUCUGAAACAGAUAUUCACUCUCUGUAGUCACUAUGGUGGGUGACUGAUGGAUCUGCAGUUCCGUGUAGGAUGUCUUCAUUUAAACUCUCUUGUUAUCUCUGUGUCAUUGCAUGUGGAUAUGUGUUGUUUUACCAUUAUAUAUAACCUUGGAGUGGAACUCAAGUUAGGGUUUAAGAAACUUUUAGAGGUUUGUAAAUACCUAAUCUCCAUCAAAUUAGGUGUCGACACUUGUGCCCCAAGGAAAAAUGAUAUGAUGAAGAUGGGUGUGUUGUGGUGUGUUGUUGAUUCUUCCA